GUGUAAACAAUGGCGUCGGACCAGAUUGAUUUUAUUGUUAUUAAUUAAUCAGUUUAUGUACGAGUAGAGUACUCAUUGUCAUUAAUCGUAGAGUUAGUUCUCAAAAUUACUAUUUGAGUACUAUUUAUAACUUUUUAAGAUGUGGCAUGAAGCAAGAAAGCAGGAACGAAUGAUCCGUGGUAUGAUUGUGGAUUACCGACGUAGGGCAGAACGCCGAAAAGAUUUCUACGAAAAAAUUAAAGCCGAACCUACUCAGUUUUUGCAACUUCAUGGACGACCAUGUAAAAUUCAUUUAGAUCCUGCUAUUGCUGCAGCUGGAGAAGGACCUGCUAUAAUGUUAGUUUAAUAUUUUAUUAAACCUAUAAUUUGCGUUGUCAUUAUUGAAACUAUCAUAUAACAUCGUGUUGUUUGUAUAUUUAGUUGCUUUCGGUUUCGUGUGGAAUACACAAUUGACACAUCAACCAUGAACGAUUCCUUACGACCCUGAUCGUGUUGCAAUAGUUUUUUUUCAACAUUCCGGUUUCACCAGUCACAAAAAUUUAUGAAAUCUUUUGUACUGUGCCUGUGUAGUAGACCAAGAUCAAGCACCUUGGCCAUACUUUUAGUUUGUUACGUUAAUGUUAAUAUUUAAUAAUAAUAUUACGUGAUUAGGCUUUUUUCAAUUUACCAUUGAAAAUAAAUAUGGUAGUCACUAUAUGCAAUAUAUAACAAUGUUAUAUACAUAAAGAUACUAAAUCAUUACAUAAACCACAAAAUAAAUAAAUUGUGUAUAUUUACAAGUGACAAGAGGUAUAAAAUACUUCAAAAUGUAAACAGAACUCAUAUUCUAAGUUGGUAUGAGUUAUGUCACUUUAUUACUACAAAUGUUGGGAUAGAGAUAAUUUUAAAAAACAUACAUAAAUAACUAAAGGACUAUACAAAACAUGACUAUUGUGUUGUGAUAAUCGGAGAAUCUGAUUUUAAUACCUCUGAAGACUAUAAAAGUCCGGUGAAAACAAUCAAAAACAGUCUGGAACAAGUAAAAAAUACUAACAUAAUCCUAGUUUCACCAACAUACAUAUAUGGAAAGCCAUUGUAUAACUACAGAGUAGAAGUCUUGUUGUAACUUCUUUAACUAUAUAAGGACAUAAGCGUUAAUAAAUAUGGCUAUUUCAUUGAUUCAAACCGGGACUUAAUAAAUGAUAUGUUUUCAUAGUUUACUGAUAAAAUAAAACAAAAUGGAGUGCAAAACUUAAUACAAAAUAUUGCCAAACAAAUAUUAUCUCUACAAAAAUCGAGUAAUGAGAAGCAAGUUGACACAAGAAAAGAGAACUAUAUUGUCUCUGAUGAAAAUCAGUUUUUUCUUCUAUAAGCAAUUAUUUACAUUACAUCUUAAAAUAUCCAGACUUUUGAGCAAAUGUAAUGAGUUAGUAUUAAAUCUAGGUGACUUAGACAGACAAAAAAAAGCUAUCGACAUUUUAUGUGUGACCGAGCACAAUAUGAAACCAGAAUUGGAGGAAUUCCUUACGAUACCCAAUUUCACAUUAGCAACCAUAUUUUCAAGAAAUAAAAGACGUGGGGGGUCAUGUAUUUUAGUAAGAAAAGGAUUAAAGUAUAGAGUAUAGUCAAUAAUAUUAAGAAAUUCUAGACUGAAUGUAUAACAGAGACCUGUGCUGUAGAAAUAUGACCAUAACAUUAUUGUAAUAUGUAUUUAUAGAUUUCCUAACAUAAAUAAAUCUUGUCUGCAUACUUUCUAUGAUACUCUUAGAGGCAUUUUAAAUACUAUUAUAAAUACUAAAAAUAAAAAUAUAAUUAUAUGUGGCAAUUUCAACAUUGAUAUAUUGAAAAAUAUUUCUGUUAGUCGAGAAUUUAAGAAUCUACUGUUAAGCUACAAUCUGAUGCUAGAGAUAAAAAAGCCGACAAGAAUUGCAAGAGGCAUGUGUAUAGACAUUUUGCACAUAAUAUAAGAGGAUCGAACAGUGAAGUCAUUGAACUAUGCCUUUCAGAUGAUAUGGUGCAAAUUUUAAAAUGUCCUGUAAAAACAUGUACAAUCAAUUAGUGGAGUAAUUAAACGAAGAGAUUUUAGCUACAAAAACCUUCAAAAAUUUAAAAGAUGUUUUGAUAGUCUAAGUUUCCAAGAUACAUUUAAUUCUUCAGAUCCUAAUACAUCUUAUGAUAGUUUUUUGACAUAUUCAAAUGCUUGUAUGAUCUAUGCUUCCCCUAUAAAACUAUUAAAAAUACACUAAAUUCUAAACAAAAAUGGAUAUCAAAGGGACUGAAGGCUUAUUGUAAAAAUGAGUGGUAUUUACUUUGGCACUUUAGGAGAAAUAAAAGCAAAGAUGCUCUCUCUAUUAAAAGAAUAUUCAUCAAAAUUUAAGAAAAUGAUAAAAAACACACAACAUUCUCAAAAUGACUAUGUAUUAUAUAAAUAAGUCGAAAAAUAAAAUGAUAGCAACUUAGUCUGUUAUAUAUAAAUCAAAAAUAAAUAUUCCCAAAGAACCAAUACAGAAGCAAAGAUUGAGUAAUGAAUACCUUACUAACCCUAUCGACAUCACUAAUGCCUUUAAUGACCUUUUAUUGAUGACAUAAAACCUGACAAUUGUACUAUUAAUACUGACAUUUCUUUAAAUAAUAAUAAUAAUGACAAUUCCAACAAUAAUUGUGAUAAUAAUGCGACAACACCUGACUCAGUUUGUAAAAUUAAGAAAUGACAUGUUUUAUUACAAAAGUAAUAAAACAUGUUAACUCUACAAUAGCAAGACCUUUGAGUCAUAUUAUAAAUUUAAGCUAUACUACAGGUAUAUUCCCAAACAAUUUGAAAUCAGUCAGUUUUAAAGUCAUUAUUUAAAAAAGGUGACAAACAAAUUCAGUUUAUGCAUUUUUAGAAACAUACAAUUUUAAAUAAAGAGCAAAAGGGAUUUCACAUAAAUACUACAAUUGCGACAGCAAUAUAUGACUUUAGUAGUAGUAAAAGAUCAGUAAUUUGUUUAGAUAAAAGAAUCCCAUCAUGUGCCAUUUAUAUGGACAUGACAAAGGCAUUUGAACAUGUAGACCAUACUAUAUAAUAUAACAUAUUGCUAGAAAAACUAAGCCGUUAUGAUGUAAGAGGUAACGCACAGAACUUAAUAGAAUCUUAUUUAACAGAUAGAACACAAAAAACUGUAAUCAGUCAGAUGUGUAUCUCUGUACUAGGCAUGAAAAAAAUAUAAUAUGUCUAAUAAUAGUUCCUCAAGGUAGUGUUUUGGGUCAUUUGCUAUUUAUAAUACACAUCAAAUCAAUGAUAUUGUUGAGUCUUGAAAACACCCAAUGCCAGUGUUUGCAGACGAUAACACUGUUUUUGUACAGUUACAGUGUAGCAGAAUAUGAAAAAAAUAUUAAUUUUAAUAUUGAAAAUAUUAUUAAAUUGUUAAAAACAAAUAAUCUCAAUGUUAAUCUAG